CACGAAACUUUAACGUGACAACGGAGCACUGAAUAAUACCAAGCAAGAUACACGGAGUCGCUCAGUCUCCUCACUGGGUCAUAUAAACUGAACCCCAAGCUCUUAGCCUAUUAACUUUUACCAGCGCGUGGCUUCACUCUCUCGAUCGAGACCAGAGCGAAGCGAGAGAGACCUACUUCCUUCUUCAUCAUCUCCAAUGGCUCCAAAACCGAUCACGAGUCCCGUCCCUGACACAUGUUACCCAACCCUAGCUGUCUCUAUGCUUGCGAUCGGCCUCUUGUUCACUGCUUACUUCUUCGUCUAUGAAGCAACCUCAUCUAGGCGAAAUCGCAGUCUUGCCAAGGAGCUUACAACAGGAGCUGUGGCAUCUUUCUUUCUGGGUUUCGGGUCCUUGUUCCUGCUACUUGCUUCUGGUGUUUAUGUUUAGGGUCGUAAUGUCGAAUCAAUUAAAGUUUUGUUCUUGAUGUUGAACCAAUUAAUUUUUGAUGAACAAGUUAAGAUAUGCAUGAAAGAUGAUAUAAGAUUGACAUUGUUUGUUAAAAAGAUUGUUGCUUCUUGGUUAAUGAGCUGCGGAACAAUAAUCAUUGUUGGUGGUUUCUGGCUUAAAAACACUGCCUUUAUUUCUA